UUCAGUAGUAUCCCCGCCGCCGCGCCGCGCGGACGUACGGCGCUCCGUCAUAAAACACGUACAAAGUUUAUGUGAUGUAACAAAGUGACUUGUUAUCUAGUGUUGACUUUAGUGCCAGCAUUGUCUUGUAUGUUUACGUUUUCACAUGAUUGUUCUACACUCAGCCAAAGUCGCGAUAGUGUCUACAAACAUUCAUCAACAAACAAUUAAAAAUAAUCUAAACAAAAGUGUAAUUAAAAACAAAGUGAAGUGCAAAGAACAAAAAGCAGUGUUGCCAACCAAAAAAAGUGAUGCGUAAAAAUAAAUGCAAGAAAUUUAAAUUCAAAUGAUUCGAUAGAUUGAGAAUGGCCCUCAGGCAUGACGUCACGAACAUGGACAAUACAUUCCUCCCCGCAGAUCCUCCUCCAAUCUCCGAAAUCAUAUACGAACCACGAACAGACUUAGCUACGGAAUAUUUUAACACUUUUAAUCAAAUAUGUGAGAACUAUCGAAGUGAUUCAGACGUCAAUCUUCGGCAAACUUCGGACAGUCUUCGGUUAUCUUCGGAGAUACUCGACGGUGUUCGGUCCGAAUAUGUUAGUUCGGACUUUACUGGCAAAGACUUUGAAACAAAUGCCCAGAAAGUGUUUUUGAGUGCGAAGGAUGAGCAGAUCUUCCAGUUUGGACAGCCUGAUGCCUCGGCUCUGUUGAGGCAUAGAGCAAGAAGAAGAUACAAUGAGGAGCAUGGUCUGCAGCCACCGGCUACUACUAGUCAAGAAAGUGGGUACGGCAGCGAUGAGUUCGGGCACGACUCCCCGAGCCGGUACGCGUCCCCCAAGGGGGCCGGCGCUGGAGCCCCGUACCAGGAGUACUACGCGGGCGGCGAAUGGGGCGCGCCCUAUUACCAGCCGCCGCCGGCCUACCAGCACGACCCCUAUGCUACGUCGCCAGGUAUAGCGGGUGCUCCGGUGGGCGAGGCGGGCGGCGGCGGGGCGGAGCUCCCCCUGCCCCCAAUGUCCUCGUUCAGGGCGGCUGCGCCCCACCACUCGCCCACAGAUCCCAUGCUGGUUGCUAAGCCGCCUUUACAACCUAUGUACGGCGGCGCGAGCACGACUCCAGCAGUGGGUGCGGUGGGCGGCGCGGAGGCGGGGGGCAGCCUGUCAUCGUACGGCUCAUCCCCCUCCACCCCCGUGCACUCCCCCCCGCCCCUACACGCCCGUCUCUAUCCCCCGCUCAAACAUACCGCGCACCAUCAUCAUCACCAUAACGGACAGCAAUCAAACUGGGUAUCAUCAGGGGUGUCGUCCCCUCCGUCGGCGUCGACCCCCCACGCCCUGGCGGCGCCCGUCCUACCCAACGGCCAUCACGCGCCGAUGCCCGUGUUCCAGCCCACUGGAAUGGGCGCGCCGGCGGAGCAGAGACAACUGGACGAGGCGAUGGUGUUCCUACGAGACCAUACCGACUGUGGUGCUCGCAUGGAGGAGCGGCUGGACGACGCCAUCAACGUGCUUCGCAACCACGCGGAGGCGCCCGACCUUUACCCACAGGACCUGCAUCAUCAGCCACCAGCGGCAGUAUCCCGGCUGGGAGUGGGCGGCGCGCUGCUGCAGUCCGAGCCGCCCGUCAAGAUGGAGCGCCACGUACUGCCCAAUACUAAGAAACGCAAAGAGCCCCCGGACUCAGGCGUGGAAUCGAAGCCGUCGUCGUCAGGGUCAGCGGACGCGCUCGCGAACAAACCGCCGAACAGCAAACGUUCGAGGCGAUACUCGACCAACCCUGCAAUGCCCAGCUGUUCGUCUGCUGAUGAAGAUGAUAUGGACCCUGACACGAAGGCGGCGCGAGAGAGAGAGAGGCGACAGGCUAACAAUGUUAGAGAGAGGAUAAGAAUACGAGAUAUAAACGAGGCGCUAAAGGAGCUCGGCAGAAUGUGUAUGACUCAUUUGAAGAGUGACAAGCCACAGACCAAGCUUGGUAUACUCAAUAUGGCGGUGGAAGUCAUUAUGACGCUUGAACAACAAGUCAGAGAACGCAACUUGAACCCGAAGGCAGCGUGUUUGAAGCGACGCGAAGAAGAGAAGGCGGAAGAAGCGCCCAAGUUGCUGCCUGCACCCCUACAGCACUACCAACCCAUGCCGGGCAUGGGUCAAUUGCCAGGCCAACCACCCACAGGCGGCCCCCCUCCGCAAUAGCGACGCGCUGCGCGCUAACUACGCACUGCGACAGCUCCGAACCCGGGACUCUGUCGGCAUCAGCCCAAGGAACACGCGAUAAAACUCACAUAGAGUGAGUUUGGAUGAGUUGAGAUUGAGUAACAUGUGAGUUGGGUUGAAAUAUGUUGAAGGUUAAUAAAAAAGAUAUUGGACUGUAAUUUUUGUAUUUUAUUUACUGUGGCUUUUACAGAAAUAGUAUACUAUAGUAUCAAUAUUAAUAUUGUACAGUUUGAUGUUUAAAACAUUCGCUACCACUAACAAAAUGAUUAUGAUGAUUUAAAUUCAAUUAUUGUAUAAAAAGAUCUGAAUCUUGCAUGGAGAUAUGCAUGGGAAUGAAGUGUAUUUAUUUCUAAAUUAAUAGGUAACUUGGACAUCAACUGUGUAUUACACCAAAUAAAAUGUCCUAAUAGAUCUGUUAAAGUUUUCUGUAGUCUUUAACUGACAUAUAAUCUGACAUAAUUUCCAUAAUUACGGAUAUAUGUCAAAUAUUUGUCAAGUUAAGCUAAUGAAAACUUAAUCAGGUGUAAUGAAACAUGUUUCAAUGUUAAUUACUCAAUGUUACUCAAUCGUUAACAAAGAAAUGAUAGGAUGUUAAAAUAAAAGGACUGUUUGUUAACAAACGCGUGUAAACCAAAUUUUAUUGCAUUUUAAUCAUAAUAAUUAUUAUUUCUUCGACCCUGUUGAUCAGGAAUGGGCCACUGUCUUACCAAUAAGACGCCAUAAUGUUUUUAAGUUUAAUUCUAAUGAAUAAGUACACACUUUUAAUAAUUUCAUAUUUUUAAUGAAAAAUUCAAUGUUUUUCGUACCCAGUGACUGUGAUUUGGUGUUAAAAAUACCGUUUUUUUUUUCUGUUUUGUCAUAUUUUUAUUAUUCUUUCUAUUUGUAAAUGAAUCUUUCGUCUUUUUCGGGUGACCUUUGGUCCAUUUACAAAUACAAUUUCUAAUGUAAUUUUUCUCAGCAAUGUAACCCAGUUUUAUUUUUCUAUUUGAAUUAUAAUUUUCUAUUUCAACUCACAAAUUAAAACCACCGGCAGUUACACAACAAAAAUACUUGUACCUACCCAUUUUAUACUCUGGCAACAUCAGAGUCCGCCUUAUCUAUGGGUAACACUGUCGUGUGUCGUCAAGAAGCGGUAAUUUUAGCACCAAACUCGACUUAAAUACACGACAAAUGAGUUCCAAAGAUAUUUUAACUGACAAAUAUUAACAAACGGUUAACAGCAGUGCGUAGUGCAAAUUUCCGGACUCUGUAGUUGAUAAGUGUGUAUAUUAUUAGUUAUAGAAAUAGUUUUAUAUAAAAACUUAAACAUCAGACGAAAAAUACUAUGUCUUGUAUCCAAAGACAUAAUGUGUAUAAAAUAUUAACUUAGCAUAUAUAGAUAUAUGAUAGGUAUAAAUCAAAUAAGAAAAAAACAUAUUUUUAAUUACUUUUUGAUUUUAAUUCGUACUCUUUCGCUGCCAUAGACACCACUACCGCUUUAUAUUGAGUUUUGAAAAGCUAGACAAUAAAUGUUUGUUCGUUUUACCAUCCUCAUAUCAUAAACAAGUGGUGUAUUAAUCGAAUUCUUCGUAAAAUUGUAGACUUUUGAUAUAAAAAAAUAUGAUUCUGCUCGAUGUUUAACAACUUAUGAAAAUAGUACUUAUUGUAAUAUAGAAAAUGUGUUUUCUUUAAUCAAAAUAUAAUUAAUAAAGUCUACAGUUUUACGAAAAAUGUAAGUAUUGUAAUAAAAUAUGGCUGCUAACUUAUAAAAGUACUUAAAUCGACGUCUGUACUAAAACUCCAGUGACAAUUGACAUUUUUGACAUUCAUCGUUACGUAUAUUUUGACAUGCCACACCGUGAGAUCUACGUAAUAUAGUACGUACAUUUUUUAUUAUAAAAAUAUUAAGAAAAUAAUAACUUUGUUCUCUUUUUAUUUUUCUUUUUUUAAGAAUAUUUUUCGGUAGCUAUUUCGCUGAGAGAUUGUCGCGUACUUAUGCAGGUUUUUUUUGUAUAAGUUACAUCAAUUUUAAUUUUUAUAUAUAUUUGUUAUUUUUCUAUAUAAUUUUUUUUGUUUAUAUAAAACUUUAUAUUUGGUAUUUUUUUCUUCUGUUUUUACGAAAUGAAUACCAAAUGAUAUCGUUUCUUCUUUUGGAAAUUGAUUUUUCAGACUUGUGAAAAUGAAAUCAGAUUCUUUAUUUAAUACGAAAUAAAGACAAAUCUAAUUUUGACAUAAUAAUUAUAAAACAAGGUAAUGUAAAUGAAAAAUCUAAAUAUCAAAAUUCCAUUUUGUAUAUAUUACAAAAAAGUAUAUUUUACAAAAAGUCCGCUCAAUGACUUAAAUAAUUCGAAACUGACAUAAUUUUGAACUAAAUUAUUAUUUUAUUUGUUAUUUCAUGACAUUUUUCUAUUAUUUUUCGAAACAACUAUCAUACGUACUGUCACAGUUACUUAGGUAACGCGUAUAGUAUAAUAUCUUAAGUUGUUUCGACUAUGUCGGGUUUUAGUCGAAUUUUUUAGUCAGUUGACUAGAUGACAUCGACUAUUUAAAUAAAUAAUAAAAAGAGAGAGAUUUUAACCCAGUUCUUUUAGAAAAUUUGAUUAUUUUUGCGCAACUGUUGCGCAAAUUCUGCUCAUAAUUUGCGUAAUGUCAUCUAGUCUAAUUUUCUUCUAAAUUCGGCAUUAAAAAUACAUUGUAAUUGGAUUAUUAUUAAAAUUCGGGAUUAUAAUGAUAUUUCAAUUGCAAUGUACCUGCUUAUACCCGACUCAAAUCUAUCCAUUUUUAGUUAUUAGUCCUAACUACAUAGUACUCUGUAUUAUAUAGGUUUAAGGUUGAUUUUCCCUUGAAUCAUGGAUCGUGUAUAUUUUGGGGAAAGAAAUCUAAUUCAACUAUAAUUUUGAUAGUAAACUGUGGUUUAAAGUAUGAAAUAUCUCAAUAUUCUCACUCUUUAAACGAUAAUUACAAUUAAAUUAGAUUUCUUUUUGAUAAUUCCAAACACAAUAAAUUGAUUAUUAUGAUUUUAAUUAAUCAGAAGCUUAUUAGUUUCUGAAAUAUUGAACAAUAUUAAUUUUUAAAGUGCAUAAAACAUACUCUUAGUUUAUUACAUCAGUAUCGAUUUCAGUGAUUAAAAUAUUUUCGAAAUUUAGUUCAGUUUUUCAGAAACUAAAAGUUAAUCAAUAAAGUAUCUCAUGCUGGCCAUAAUAAAAUAUAUGUAACUGCUUACUUUUGCAAACCGCCAUUUUUAAUUUACAAUUUUAAAAAUAAUUGCUCAUUUAUAUCUUUGGUUGCGUUAAAAAUGGCUUUUAAAAUGAAAUACCGAAUUAUUUCUCUCUAUAUAUGUGUAAUAUGAAGUAUUUUAUUAUAUAAAUGUAAUAAACACUGAUUAUUUUAAUUGUGUAAAAUGUUUUUUGACAAAUAUAUAAUCUAAUUGAAGAUAUUAUAAUGUAUAAGUUGUUUCGAUAUAGAAAACUGUUCGGGCUUAAUUAUGUAUGUUCUUUGAUUAAUGAUUAUAUAUUUGUCAAUAAACUAUAUAUAAUUUGACUCAAUAACUCAAACUCAGACGAUCUUGCAACAUUUGAAAAUAUAAUUUUUAGUAUCGUACCUUAGUUUCUAAGCCUGUCGACCUUUAGUUUAGUUUAGUUGAUCCUCUUCCAUUUUGUAAUAAUUAAGUUUUUUAUUAUUAUUAAUUAUCUAUAAUUUGUUGUCUAUGCGUACUGUAUAAGUCUAUUUUAAGAUUUUUUUAAUAUGUACGCAUUCGCCCGUAAUUUAUUUGCAACUGGUCGUCUUAUGAAUGGUUCAAAUUAUUAGACAUUGCCAUAAUCCUGGAGAUUGUGUACAAAAUGAGGCUUUUUUGUUAUUUUAUUUUUGUUUUUGUCAAUGGCAACCCCAGCAGCCUAUGUAACAUAGAGCAUUUGUUUCCUUUUCCUGUUCAAAUGCAUAGAUUAAAAUAUAACUACAAGAAAGGUCUAAUUAUAAAAAUGAAUAAUAUUAAUUAAAUAUAAAUGUGCCAUUCAU